GUUCGAAAAUAGUUGUUCACGAUAACAGUUAUCAUAAUAUGUAAAGUAUCGACGAAAAGAAGAACGUAAACGCGAGUCUUUUGUCAAAGUUGUCAUCGAGCUAAUCACUGUUUAUCCUCGAUCCAUAACCAACUGUGGGAAGAAAUUCCCAAUAUUUCGGGAUUAAGUAUGAUUCGAGAUUGAAGGGAUUAAGGUGACGAUUUACGUCGAUAUCGAAUAGAAAGUGAGAAGAAUAAGUACCAAGGAUUGCUUUCUAACCAACGAGACGUCAGUCGCGAUUAGAGUUCAAUGAUCUCGCAGAGAAACGAUGGAAAACGCAACCAGCAUCGGACGUCGGGUCGAAAUAUUUAAAAAACAGUUCUUCAAGUAUUAUUCGAGGCAUUUUCCAAGCUUGUUUCGCCUCUGUUACGACCCGAUAGGCACGCACAAAAAGACGCGCGCCUUCGGAGGCUUUUUAAUGGGCUUUCUAAUGGGCACCUUUUUGUACGAAUUUAUCAUCGUCGACCUUCGGUUCGAUCAGUAUACUAGUUUCAGCCUCGCCGUCAUCGUCGUCACGAUGCUAUCCAUCGGAUGCGCCUCGUCGAUUCAGGUGAGGUGCAUUUGCCUGUUGACGAUUCCAUCGUUUUUCGGGCGUUCGGGUCGCAGUAUGCUAAGAGCGUUGGUUUUGGGAUACGUAAUCGCUGGACCGUUGUUUAAUAUGGUGUACAAUGCGAAAGAAGUAGUGAGAACGUUCGCUUGCACUUCACAAUUGACGUACAAUCUCACCAAGACACGAUUCGAUUUGAUGUUCAAACCGUUUCAACAGGCUGUUCUCGCCAUGAAGACGAAUGGAGAAGAAAUAAAGGAUACGCUGUCCUCGGUGAGAGACCUGAUGAGUCCAAUCGUGGAGGAAAUCGAAGGAGAAAACGAGAUGAUGCGAUUGAAGGAGGAAAACGAUUACCUGGACGAAUUGCAGGGCGACACGAAAAGGAGCAAGGAAAUCGAAGAGAAGCACGAGAAGAAACUGGAGGAAGCAAAAUCGGAGGCAGACGUGUACGAGGCGAAGUACAAGAAGAAGAUCGAAGCUCGUUGCGAGGAACAGCUCAGUCGAGGCGCGGACAGGUGCAGGGACAUGUUCAGCACCGCUUACAACAAUUGUUACGCAAAAGUAACCGUGUUCAUUGGCUGGCUCCUGUGUUGGCCGAUGAAAUUGACUUUCGUUUGCAAUCUGGCCCAAGCAUUGGGCGGAUCCAGCGUCUGUGAUCCUGCAGGAAAAGUCGACAAUGGUAUCGGUAAAGGAUACGCCGCCCUGAAGAGUACCAGAGACGAGUUCAGCAGGAGUCUGAAGGACGCGAGGCUUCAGUACAAAUUAAAACGACCCCCCGUGAUCAUGGAUCUCAAGGAUUCCGCCUACGCGGCCAAGAUGGUGAUCCGCGAGUUCACCGUACGAAGACAGAUCUUCGAGUCCGUGAUGGUCGUAGUGAAAAGAUGCCUGUCGUUCGUGUUCCUGAAGAUCAUUCUGAACGCUCAGAGCUACCACGACAAAUACCUGGACGAAAUCGAGCACGACAACGUCUACGUGACGCCGUACUUCCGGCGGAUCGACGCCAGGAGGAAGGCUCGGGGCAGCUCGACGUUGUUGCCAUUGAAGAAAAUCGAACGGAAGAAGUUCGUCGAUCCGUACAGUUUGAAACCAGGGAAGGCUGAGGGGCUGCAAACCGCGGGACAAAUGAGCAAGUUGUUCCUCGAGAUAAUCACGGCCACCAUUUUUAUCAUUUUGGACAGUUUCUUUUACGAGGCUUUGGAUCUCAUCAGAAGACACGCUCAUAUAGAAUACACGCAGGAGGGUCACCACGACUUGUCGCUGGAAAUCCGCGGGACAGGAGUGAUAGCGUCGUUGAUCAGAAGCGCCGUGCACGGCUUCAACGUGAAAAAGCACGUGAAGACCGUCACCUCGAACAGAGCUUGUCUACCUAGACCGAUAAAACUGCCCGGUUACGCGCUACUUCAGAUUUACGGUACGUUCCUCGGGAUCUUCUUGCUGACCGUCGCGUCCGUUUACACGCAGAGGACGCGUCGCGGCAUCUGCUCGUUCUUCUAUCGAAAGAGGGAGAAGAGACGCGUCCUGUAUCUCUACAACGAGAGUUUACGACGGAGGAUCGGUUUCGCGAAGUUCAUGAGAGCGAAGGUGAAGAGUCUGGUGAGGACGCGACGUUUGGAACAUCAGGUCGACUUCUGGAUGUCUCUGCGGCUGAAAUGGCCGCGACGAUUCGGCUGGCUGAAGUUUUUCGCCUGCGCGAGAGAGAAGUGUCUGAUCUGCGGCGAAGUGGAACCCAGAAAAGGACCUAAUCAUAGACGAUGCAACACGCCAGGUUGCCCGUUCGUCCACUGCAGCGAGUGUUGGAGGGACGUUGGGAAAAUCUGUUACGCUUGCGCCGAUUUACCGGAAACCGACUCCGAAGAAUACGACACGCAACGCAGCGACUUCUAAUGCUGACCAGAAAACGAGUUGGGGCAUUAUUUAAACAAAUAUUCGUGUUUUCCAAGCGUUUUUAGAGGAAAACUGGAUAAGAAAAUUUGUUUAACGCAUUCACUGUCCGUACUUUCAGCGGCGUAUCCAAUAGCGUAGUGCUAUGACCCAUGUGUGGGGCACAGACAGUGAACAUGUUGAUUCGAUGUUUCGUACUUCUUCUUUUACUACGAUUUUUAUUUUUAAAUUCGUUUCCUUCCAAUGAGUUUUGUCGACCACUUUAGUUCGUUGAAUAGCUCAAUCUUAUAUUUCUAUUAGUAAUCAUCGAACGUUAACAAUUAUGGAAAUAUA